UACUUUUUGAAAUCAUACUGUGCACCUCUCAUCAUUGCUAUGCAUCAAUAAUGAUAUUCAAUCUCUACUCUCCACACUGAGCUGCUAUAUUGCAACUUAACUACUCAUCUUCUCCACAAAUCAUCCUCCCAUUCACCCUAUCCAAUGGCUUCCCCAACUUCUCAAACUCCAUCUCCCAGCUGGGACGUUUUCCUGAGCUUCCGCGGCAUAGACACCCGAUACACUUUCACCAGCCACUUAUAUUCCGCCCUGGACCGCUACAAUAUUCCAACAUUUAAAGACGAUCCCGAGCUUCGCUGCGGAGAAGUCAUCUCCGACGCGUUGCUCAAAGCUAUUCAGGAAUCGAAGAUCUACGUCGUUGUCCUCUCUCAGAAUUAUGCUUCUUCGAGCUGGUGCCUUGACGAGCUCGUAGCGAUCCUCAAUUGUAGCAGAGCAAUGCAAAGAACGGUUAUUCCGGUGUUUUAUAACGUUGAUCCAUCGGUUGUUAGGUACCAGAAAGGGGGCUUUGAAAGUGAUUUUAAAAGACAUGAAAUUAGAUUUGGGGGUGAAAUGGAAAGAGUUGAGAAAUGGCGGCUUGCACUGAAAGAAGUUGCCAAUAAUUCAGGGAAACAUGUAGACGGUAAAACGUCUGAAGCUGAUAUUGUCAAUGAAAUUGUUGACGAAAUUCUACUGCAAAUACAAUCCUUUUCUUUAGAUGUUGCCAGAUAUCCAGUAGGAUUGGAUUCCCGCCUUAAAGACAUAACAGCAUUGCUGAGCAGGGGCACAAAAGAUGUCAUUAAGAUCGGUCUAUUUGGUAUGGGUGGCAUAGGUAAAACAACUCUUGCCAAAGCACUUUUUAAUAAACUCUUGCCGGGAAGCUUUAAGGGAAGCUGCUUCCUCGCAAAUGUGAGGGAGAGUUUGGGGAAUUCAAAAGGUCUAGAGUCUUUGCAACAACAACUUAUUAACGAUGUUCUUAGAAGUAAGAAUAAAGUUGAGGUUAACAGUGUUGGCCAAGGAAUUAAGCUGAUAGAUCAAAAAAUUUGUUCAGCAAAAAUUUUGGUUGUUAUCGAUGAUUUAGAGGACCAUCAAGAAUUUCAAUCACUGGUGAGACGAUUUGCUCCUGGGAGUGUAGUUAUUAUAACUACAAGGGAUGAAGAGAUAUUGGAUAAAAUUGAAGUAGAAACUCAAAAUCGAUACAAGGUUAAUGUGCUGAGUGAUGCUGAGUCAGAGACACUAUUCUUCCGCCAUGCAUUUGGAGAUGCUCAACCAAGCAAUACUCUAAAGAUAUUGUCUAAAGACAUUCUACGUCUUGCUGGAGGGCUUCCCUUGGCUCUCGAGGUUUUCGGUUCAUCCUUGUAUAAGAAAUCCGAGGUUAGAUGGAAAUCAUACAUCGAGACACUGCAGCGAAGUCCCAACAGCCGUAUCCAAGAAAAACUUAAAAUCAGCUUGGAAGCCUUGGAAUCAGAUGAUCCUCUGCUAAAGAAAAUGUUCCUUGACAUUUCUUGUCUAUUCAUCGGAUGGAACAAAGAAAAGGUGGUUGAAAUAUUAGAUACUUAUUAUCCCUACGCAGAUGAUAAGAUUGAUAUUCUCAAGAAUAGAUGUUUAUUAACGAUAAACAGUAGAGAUGAAUUCCGAAUGCAUGAUCUGCUUCUGGAUAUGGGAAAGGAAAGUAGAGAUGAAUUGCGAAUGCAUGAUCUGAUUCAGGAUAUGGGAAAGGAAAUCGCGCAUAAUAACUCUCCUGACGAGCCUGGAAAGCAUAGUAGAUUAUGGGUACCAAAAGAAAUAUGCUCUGUGUUAAAGGAACACAAGGGAACAGAAGCCGUUGAAGGUAUCAUUUAUAAUGGACCUGAGGUGGAAGUACUGUUUUCUACGGAGACAUUAAGAAGAAUGAGUAAAUUAAGAUUUCUUUACUUAAAGAACAUUAAUCUCAGCGGAGAGUUUACAGGGACACUAGAAGAUUUGAGGUGGUUUUUCUGGAAUCACUGUCCCUUAAAGUGUUUACCUUCUGAUUUCUGCCUUGUAAAACUUGUUAUUCUUGAGUUGCCCAAAAGCAAAUUGACAACUAUGUGGGAGGACACGAUGGUUUCAAAUGUUUUGGAGAAGCUAAAGACUCUGAUCACGCGGUUUUCCCAUGGUUUAACUAUCCCAGAUUUCAGAAGACCGCCGUGUCUCGAAAAUUUAAAGACUCUAAACAUGAGGUUUUCCAGGGAUUUAACUACCACGCCGGAUUUCACGAGACUGCCGCGCCUCGAAAAUUUAUAUCUUGAGGGCUGUACAAGUUUGAAGGAGGUCCAUAUAUCAAUUGGAAGUUUGGUGAACCUUGUUUCCUUAAAUUUGAAGAGUUGUUCAAGCCUAAGAAGUCUUCCGGAUACCAUUUGCGAGUUGAAAGCAUUGGAAGUUUUAUGUGUUGAUGCAUGUAUAUGGCUAAAAGCAUUGCCAACACAAUUGGGAAACCUUAAAUCCUUACUAGAGCUCAAUGCUCGCUGGCUACGUGUUCUGCAAUUACCAGAUUCGAUCGGAGAUCUUAGUAAGCUUGUUAAGCUGAAAUUAGACUAUAACGAGAACCUUGAAUAUCUUCCAAACACCAUUUGCAACUUGAGAACAUUGGAAGUUCUAAGUAUUAUGUAUUGCACUAAAGUGGAAGCAUUACCUGUUGAACUGGGGAACAUUGAAUCUUUAAUAGAGCUCAGAGCCAAGGGAACAACCUUUUCGAAAUUAUCUAACACCAUUUGCAACCUGAGAUUAUUGAAAAAUCUUGAUAUUUCUGAUUGUUAUAAACUAGACAGCUUGCCUGAUCAACUGUGGAAGCUUACAAACUUAUCCAUUGCAGAUCUUUCAGGUUGUGGUAAUCUGUUGUCCAUUGCAGAUCUUCCUCCUUAUCUGACACGCAUUGAUGCCCGUAGCUGUUUGUCUUUGGAAAGCGUAAACGUAUCCAAUUUAAAACUGUUGAAGGAAUUGGUCCUCACAGAUUGUAGAGCUUUAACAAAGAUUUUGGGCUUGGGGGAACUCGCUUCUUUAUACCGCCUGCAAUUGCGAGGCUGCCAUUCCUCUCUACUGGCGCGAACUCUUACAAUGCAAUUAUUUGAGAUUUACUGCGGUUUUAACCAGGAAAUUAGUAUUGAGGUUGCGGCAGAAAAGAUUUUGGAGCUGAUGGGAGAUUUGGCAUAUGACAUUUCAUCCUCUGUGAAUUUGCAAGCAAAUUUGUCAUACAGUUACUUGGGGAUGAUUCUCUGCUUUACACCGGAGAUUCAAGAAGUCUUUUCUGCUAAAGAAGUCUAUUAUACUGUUACGGCAGAUGAUCAAUCAGUGGGCCAAAAGAGGCUAUAUGGAUCAUAUAUAGUAAUAAUACCAAGAUCUGUAUUUACACUUGCAAAAGACAAUCAUACAAUCAAAGUUACAUCAAAUGCUGGCAGAGUUUGGUUUUAUCUACUGUACAAAAACGAGGAUGAUAAUACCCUUGUCAGCCAGCGAUUUCAAGUAGAAGAAAAUCCAGCUGAAUUACUUUAAAAGGAAUAGUUCAGAUGUUACAAAAUCUGCUAUUAUUGGAGGAACUAGAAUUUCCCUACACCAGCAUUUUUAGAAAGGGUAUUCAGAUUGUUGGUCGCCAUUGCCCUCACCUCAGGUCAUCCACAUUGAAUCAAAGAACAUGCUCCUAUAGUCGAAGUCCAAGGUGUGAUAGGCAGGCUCUUGCUAUUGCAAACAGCAUGCCUGGUUUACGACGUCUGCAACUCAUUGGAAAUAGGAUGACGAGUACUGGUUUGAUGGCCAUUCUUCGUAAGUGUCAUCACUUGAAUACCUUGAUCUUCGAAGGUGUGAUGGCCUUUGUAGAAUACUAAAAGACAAGCCUGGCCUUGAAACAAAACUUCGUCAACAGAUAAGGCAUGUGAGGUUCCCACAGGAUUCGACUGAAGACUGUGAAUAUGAUACUGAAACUGAUAUUUCUGAUGUAUAUUGGCAGUGAUUGUUCUUCUGCAUUAGACUAAUUCAUACUGACGAUCAAGUCAAGCCACUGUUUGUAAUGUGUCUGAAUAAAUCAUUGUUCUCUCUGUAAUUUUUGUUCUGCACAGGUUUCUUGAUCCUUUGAACGAGUUUAACCAAGGAUAACGGCAAGUUAUUUUCCGUUAAUAUUUGGAUACGUGUUUUGAGACUAGUAUAAAGUAUGGUUUCAUAAUAUUUUUUAA